GUUCAGUGGUGAGGUGUGAUUGUGGGAACAUGGCUGCCAGAAGAACUCGUAAAGGAAGUCAAAGCUCUGAAGGUCUCCAGAGAGACCAAGCAGCUGAUAAACUCAGGAAAAGGAAAGCACUGUUCAUCCAGCAGUUUGAGAAAGAAGCACAGGAAAGAAUAAAUGAAAUGGAGGCCAAAAUGGAUAAAUUAAGCACACUGGACAGAGCAGUGAAAAUAGAGAUGAUGAAACUGCCUCAGUCGCUUCAUACAACGCUGAUUAAAGAUAUAAUGAGUGCACAGGAUGCAUCUGUUGGGGACGUUACAAUGGCUAUUGGGGCUGUGUCUCCGGAGAUUAGCAAGCCACUCAGCAGAAAGCCCAGCAAAAAAGGUAAGUCAAGUACCACAACGACAGUAGCAGCCCAAAGAUCUACAGGUCUCAAGACUGAUGAUAAUAAGGAAAAGACCAAGAAGAAAAUGCAGGCCAGUAACAGCACUGGGAAUUUAAGAUGUGUGUCAACAAUCAGUGCUAAAAGAACUCAAGGUCGUGUGAUGAAGCUGAGUGACCAAACUCUUCUGCUAGGUGGUAAUAUGAGAUUUCAAAGUCGGUCAUUAAGUGACGAUCUCUCAGGACUUGCUACUGCCACGAUCACAACCUCUCUUGGAGAGACCUUGUUCCUGUCGGAGGAGACUAAAGAUGAAGUUAAACUUGAACUGUUGGAUGAGCUGGCUUUAUGCCAGAUGCAAAAGAUUAAGGAGCUGAUGGAGUACCUGUGCAACAAAGUCAAGCUGAAAAAUGCUCCCUAAAAUCUCAAAAUUGAAUACUUGUUUUAAUUUUAAAUAUUAAAAUAAUAAAUAUUUAAAAACUU